AUGAAUCAAAUACGCGCCAUUCAGGCGCUAAACAAGAAAGAAAUCGAAAAUGGAAUCUCCCCGGAAGGUUCCUGGCACGUCGACUACCGCGACACAGCUUACAUCUACUUCGGUGGCCUUCCCUACGAAAUGUCCGAGGGUGACGUGAUCACGAUUUUCUCUCAGUUCGGUGAGCCUGUAUGGCUCAAGCUGGCGCGCGACAAAGAAACGGGCAAAUCAAAGGGCUUUGGAUGGCUCAAAUACGAGGACCAGCGCAGCACCGAUCUCGCGGUCGAUAACCUUGGCGGCGCAACUAUUGGCAACCGCCUCGUUCGUGUAGAUCAUGCGCGCUAUAAGUUUCGGGACGACGAGGACCCGGACGAGGGCAAGGUGGACUGGGCAACAGUUUCGAAGCUGGAGGGCGACGGCGACAAGACGGAUGAAGAGUCCGAGGAAGAGCAGGAGCGUCCGAUGCUUCCUGAGGAGAAGGAGCUUGCACUUCUUAUUCGAGAUCACGACGACGAUGAUCCUAUGAAGGAGUUUCUCAUCGAGGAGAAAAAGAAGGAGAUACAGGAGGCGUUACAGAAGCGGGGAGAUAAGUCGGAAAGGAGGAAGAAGCAUAAGCACCGCCACCGGUCGCACCGUUCUCGGAGGCACGAUAGCGAUGACGAAAUGAGGGACGCGGAUCGGGACGAGGACAGGCACCGGAGUCGACGAUCACGGCACGAUGAUAAAUCGGACGAUCGGGAUCGGAGAGAUAGUGAGAGAGGCUCGCGUCAUGAGCGGCGGCGAGAUGACUCUCGUGAUAGGGAAUCUAAGAGAGACGACAGAAGUCGGAGAGAUAGGGACCGUUCGCGGGACCGGAAAGACCGCGACCGUGGAGAAGACGAGGAUCGAAGAAGAGAGCGCCGGCGUCGAGAACAUGAUGAUUCCGAGGAACGCUACCACAAAAGACACAGGGAUCAUGACGAUGAGCCGCGGCACAAGAGGAGAAGCCGAAGCAGGUCGCCACAGUCUCGAAGAUGA